UGCCUUCUCACUUGACAUAAGUUCAAACCAAACCAAACAAGUUCUUCAAAUUAAACACAACAUUAAUUACCAUGAAGAACUCACAAUUCAACUUCAAUGCUCGUUCUAUAUCCUUCAAAUUCAACAAUUUUUUCAUUCAACUUUGUUAUUUCAUUAUCCUUUCUCUAUUUGGUUACUUGGGUCUCAAGCUUUCAAAUCCAAGAUCUUCUUUUAGACCCAAUGACUUAGAUCUUUUUUACACUUCUGUUUCUGCCUCCACUGUUUCUAGCAUGACAUCAAUAGAAAUGGAAGUUUUCUCUAAUUUUCAGCUCAUUCUUCUUACCUUUCUUAUGUUCGUCGGUGGUGAAGUUUUUACUUCCAUGCUUCAACUUUUUCUUGAUAGGUUCUUCAGUUUCACACAAAAAAAUCACUGUCUCAAAAAUGAAUGUAGUAGUAUUAAUAAUAAUAAUAAUAAUAAUAAUUAUCCUCCAAUUAAGAUUAGUCAAAUUGAACUUGGUUUAGUUUCUAUGCCUCAAUCAGAAAACCAAACACAAAGUGAUAAUAACAAUAAAGACAAAAUUAAGUAUAAUUCUCUUAGGUAUUUAAGUUAUGUAGUUUUGGGUUACCUUAUGUUGGUUCAUUUUUUUGGUUUUAGUUUGGUCACUUUGUACAUAGCCAAUAUACCAAGUGCUAAAAAUGUACUAAAAAACAAAGGUAUCAAGAUAGAAACAUUUUCUUUAUUUACUAUAGUUUCCACAUUUGCAAGUUGUGGAUAUGUACCAACAAAUGAGAACAUGAUAGUUUUCAAGAAGAAUUCAGGACUUCUACUUCUUAUUCUUCCACAUAUACUUUUAGGUAAUACCCUUUACCCACCAUGUUUAAGGCUUUUCAUAAAGGUUUUGAAAAGUGUUACUAAAAGAGAAGAAUUCUCUUACUUGUUGAAGAAUUCAAAGGAAAUGGGUUAUGACCAUUUGCUCUCUAGUAUUCAUUGUUGGCUUCUUGUUGUUACGGUAUUUGGUUUCAAUGUGAUUCAAUUUGUAUUGUUCUGUUCCAUGGAGUGGAAUUCAAAGAUUAUGGAGGGUCUUAAUCUCUAUGAGAAAGUGGUUGCGUCUUUGUUUCAAGUUACAAACGCUAGACAUACUGGUGAAUCUGUUUUCGAUCUCUCUACUAUCUCGUCAGCCAUAUUGGUGAUCUUCGUCGUCAUGAUGUAUCUCCCACCAUACACAACAUUUUUACCUGUAAGGGACCACAAGAGUAUUGAUGUGAAGAGAUCAGAACAAAAAAGCUUAGUGGAGUGUCUUGUCUUCUCUCAACUAUCUUACUUGGUUAUUUUCAUUAUUCUCAUUUGCAUCACUGAGAGACAAAGCUUAAAAGAGGAUCCCCUCAACUUCAAUGUCUUGAAUAUCACACUAGAAGUCAUCAGUGGUUAUGGGAACGUAGGGUUCUCAACAGGAUAUAGCUGUUCAAGGCAAUUGAAACCUGAUUCAAUGUGCAAAGAUUCAUGGAUUGGAUUUUCAGGUAGGUGGAGUACACAAGGAAAGUUUAUACUUAUCUUGAUAAUGUUCUUUGGGAGGCUCAAGAAAUUCAAUAUGAAUGGAGGCAAAGCCUGGCACCUGUCCUAGCAUAAUAUUAUCAAGCUAGCUAGCAUAUAUAUAUAUAUAUAUAUGUGUGUAAUUAAUUAUUAAUUAAUAAUUAGUAUAUUUUGUGCUCAAAAGCAGAGCUGCAUGCAUGUGUGAUAUAAUAAUGUAGUUUUAGACCUAAUUAAGGUUGUGACACAAGCCACAUGCAUGAUGCAUAUAUAACAUCAUGGGCCAUAUGUAGAUCGAAUAAUGUAUAUCUGUGGUUCAGUUUUCAAUCUUUUUAAGCGUCAUACAUUUAAGGA